AUGCGCAUCGUGUUGCUGUGCGUGGCAAUUCUGCCGUGGCUGCUGCUGAUCUCUGGGUCUUCAGUGUGGUCGUUGCUCGGUGGAGACGUCUCGCUGGGAGCAUCGAAGCUCAGUGCGUCAAGUGCAUUCGAGUGGCGACAGCUGCGUGACGUACUGCGGUGGUGCGAAGGAAGGCGAGAGCUCGCACUGUCGCUAGAGACGUGGCCUGAACCAGAGGGAGACGUGGACGAAUGUCUAACACGCUAUCAAGACGCCAAACACAACGAGAUCUGCGUCAUCAGCAGCUAGAAACGAGGACUAACUACUUGAAAUGGCGAUAAUCUAUCGUUCUUUCCGAG